AUGCUGAGCCUACCGCGGCGCCUGCCCGACGCCUACCUCACCCUGGUGGCGUACUACUCCCGCACGCGGGCCGCCGAGGUCGUCGUCCUGGGCAUGGUGGGGACGGCCGCGUCGGAGACGGCGUCCGGAACGUUGUGGAGCCCUGCGCAGUGCCUCUUCUUCUACUCGGAAAUCAACGGAGAACGACAGCGAUGCAACCAUGCGGUGGAAGACGUGAGUGCUGUCCGAGUCGAUACGUAG